AUGGACUUUACGGCAGCGUACCGGCAUGCGUCUGGGCGCUGCAUCGCCUUUUCGCCCGGCUCCACCUUUCUAGCCUCGGUGACAGGCGACGAUGCGUGCUCGGUCGUCGUGCGCGCCAGCUCCACGCUGCAGGUGAUCCGCACAUGGACGCUAGAGGCAUCAAUCAGCGUACUGGAAUGGUCGCCGGAUGGUGCGUUUCUGCUCGCGGCGCAUCCGGGCCAAAAGGACGAUGGUGUCGUGUUUGUAGUCUCGCUCGACCCCGCCAAGGAGGCGAACGACGGCUCGGACGCCGGGUCGGGCUGGGUGGCGAGGAUCGCAUCGGGCUCGGACGGGCUCUCUCACGCAACCUGGGCGCCACCUCUGGGGCCCAAGACGCUCAUCCUAUUCAGCCAGAACCAUCUGCGUGCAUCUCUGUACAACCUGGUCGACCAGCACAUUUCAGCCAUCGAAGGUCCCAAGCACGACAAGAUCGCAUGGACACCCAAACAGCCCGGCCAAUUUGCCAGUAUCCUCAAGGGCGCAGAACGAGAAUCGCUUUACAUCUUCUCGCUUCAGAGGCUGGGGCAUGAAGAGAGGAAAAAGUUCACCAACCCACCCAAGUCGGACGAGGCGUGGAAGGUGGAACAGGCGUUUCAACUCAACAUGACGGAUGCUCAGGACGUCAUGUGGGCGCCCGACGGCAGCUAUAUUGCCGUGUGGGAAGGGCCGCUCGAGUACAAGGUGCAGAUCUACACGCCGCUGGGGCACAUGCGCGCGGCGUUUCUCAUCGAGCCCGACUCGGACACGGGAGCCCCUGUUACGCGGCAAGGACCUGCCUCCGAGCCACGGCCCACUGCCUCAAAGCGCCGCACAGACGCCGCCGACCUUCCCAACCUAGUAGCAGGGGGAGGCAGCGGCGUUCGCCACAUGGAAUGGCAUCCGUCAUCGUCCUUCCUGGCGGUAGGAGGCGGCGAUGAGAAGGUACGCAUCCUCGAGAGCAGCGAGUGGGCCGAGUUUGCAACGCUAGACGUGUCGAACCCCUCGAUUCGCGCGAGUCACGAGUCUGCAUCUGCGUCGACGUACGGAUCGCUGGUCGCGUGGCGCGAGCCGCUCAACUGGCUCGAAGAGACGCGAGCGCGCGGGAUUGUAGCACUGGAACAAGCGAGUCUGCCGAUCUCGCUCUCUGCAACGCGACCCGACGCGGGCAAGCCGGGGCUGAAAGCCGGAGUGGCAUGGAUGGCCUGGAGUCCCGAAGGCAAUCUGGUGGCUGCGUUUAACGAGCGCUUCCCGCACGUGGUAUGGGUGUUUGCAUUCACCGAGCCCGAUGGCACGCGGUUGUCUACCGGAUCUCCGCGUCUGCUUGCGGUGGUGCAGUUGAACGCAAGUGCACGAAAGAUGGCUUGGCGUCCAGGCCAUGUAGGCAAGCUGGGAAUCGUGUGCGACAACCGAGCGAUCUACACGUGGGAAUUGAUCGCCACCUCGAGCGUCGAGUCGCCAUCGCAGUAUAGGCAGAGAGCAGAGGCGAUUCCGAUACCCAACGACGAGCUCAAAGCGUCGCAGAUACAGUGGUCGCCAGACGGCCAAAAGAUCCUACUGGCUUCGGACUCGCUCUUCUGCUGUGCUUUUGAAGCGUUCGAUAGCUAG